AUGGAUUUAAUACAUACUUUAGUUUCUUCAAUUUUUUUAGAGACACAUUCGGAAAUAUAUUCGUUAGCAAAAGAAUUUAAUCAGCUUAAAACGUUUUAUCAAACGAAUGACAAUUAUGAGUUAGAAUUAAAAGAAACAUUAGAGAAAGAAGAAUCUCCUCUUGAAAAUAUAGAGUCUAGCAAUAUAGAACAACAAUUCGAUAAUCAAAUCUUUACGACUUUACAAAUUGAAAAGUUUCAAAAAAUAUUUGCCAAACAUACUAUUAAAGAAGGUGAUGAUGAGCAAGAAACUGAUGAGAAA